CAAAGCGCCACUAACUAAAGUGACAUUUUGACAGAUCUGGUUAAAAUAUUAUAUUAUUAAAGAAAAAUUAAAUUUUAUUAAAACUUAGUUGAAUUUUCUGUGUGUGAUAUUUUUUCAAAUAUUUUAAUAAUGUCUGAUAAGAAAGCUGUGGGACCUGCAUAUCCUGGUGCUCCACCACAACCACCAACAUUUGUACCUGGGCCACCUCAGCCAGCUCAAUCAAACCCUGGUGCACCGCCUACAUAUGGAGGUUGGUUUAAAAUAAUGCCGAGUGCAGCUGCAGCCGCAGCUUAUGGAAUGUUCCCUGGACAAGCUGGUCAACUAUAUGCCACACAAGGGCCACCGCCUCCAUAUGAACAAGCCCUAGCACAUCCAGCAAUGCUAGGACAACAGAUGUAUCCACCAACUGCAACUGCCAUGUAUGCUGCUGGUUAUCCAGGAUAUCUCAGUUAUCCAGCUGCAUAUGCACCAAUGCAAUAUUAUCCAUCAUUAGCUUACACAUAUCCACCAGUUCAACCUACACAUCUUCGUCCUACCAUUAUGAUACCGAAUGGAUUUGAUGCUGGUGCUCGAUUUGAUGGAAUUGCACAACAAGUCUUACCACCAAAUCCACCAGGUGUGCCCCCAUCUGCAGCACAGUUAGCUGCAAUGGCUGGACAUGGAAUUGCAUUGGGACAAAAGAAAAAUUCAUUUUUAACUGGUGGCUCAGAUGGCGGCUAUACAUUUUGGUGAAAAUAAAUAUAUAUAUAAAAAUAUAUUUAAAAA